UUGCAGAUAAGAGGAAGGAGGAAAUAACCCUGAUAGGAAAUGUUAAGAAAUGCCUUAGCAGCUUGUGGUGAUGGAGAUGUGCUGCUGUGUUUAUAAAGACCGUCUGCACUUCUACAGUCCAAAAAACUGUCAGGAGCAAAGAGGCAAAGCACACAGAUCAGGAGAAGACACAACUCAUUAAAUUUCUCUGAACUGUAGUGUGUGCAUCUGUGCUUCAGACAUGAAUCUCUUCAUUUCUGUAUUGCUGCUGGGACUGUGCUGUAUGCUCAGAUACCCAGCUGUAUCAGGAUCUAAAGAGAAAGGUUUCAGCAGGUCUUUCAUUCAGGAUGCCUUCAUGGAAGCUAAACAAAUCGUAGACGACUCUUAUUUGUACUCUCGUAAAAAGAGCCUCGAGAGAGUGCGCAGUACCGAAUUUAUUAAGCCAUCUGAUAUACUGCGUCUGAUGAAGCAGCCAAAACGGAUGGCACGUGAGGCUGUGAGAGCUGCAGAUUACAUGGAGCAGACGUUGAGGAUCAUCUCAGAGAAAAGACACCAUGCACACAAGAGAUCUAUUAACGCCACAGCACUGCUAUCUGAAGAAGAACUUCAGGAGAUCCACAAACUGACUGGCUGUGACGCUCAAACCCUGCCGCCUCCAUGCAGAACGACACAGAAUCUAAACAGAUAUCGCACGCCCAACAGCGUCUGCAACAACCUGAUAAAUCCACUUCAAGGUGCUUCAAACACACCGUUCACCCGCUGGCUGCCUCCUGUUUAUGAAGAUAACAUCUCCCAACCUCAAGGAUGGAACCCUGGAAGACUCUAUAAUAAUGUUGUGCUUCCUCUGGUGAGGCAGGUGUCAAAUCAAAUUUUCAGCACACGGGACCAAAAUGUUGUGGGAGACAACGAGUACACGCUCCUCAUCACAUUCUUCGGCCAGUGGAAUGACCACGAUCUGUCCUUCACCCCCUUUUCACCCAGCAUCCGGUCCUUUAGCAACGGCAUUGACUGUGAUAAGAGCUGUGAGCGCUCUGAGCCAUGCUUCCCCAUCCAGAUUCCUAGAGAUGACCCGCGCCUGCCCUCCGGUCCCAACAGCUGCCUCCCUGUUUUUCGCUCUGCACCCACCUGCGGCUCUGGAAACAGCGCGUACAUGUUUGGAGGUGUGCCUCAGGUGCGAGAGCAGAUCAACACUUUGACAUCAUUCCUGGAUGCGGGUCAGUUGUAUGGCUCAGACGAGUCGCUCUCCCGAGAACUCAGAGAUCUCUCGAAUGACGCAGGCCUCAUGCGUGUCAAUGACAGAUUCCGGGACAAUGGGCGCGAGCUGCUGCCUUUCACCAAGGUAGUCAGCCAAAUGUGUGCCACACGCAAUCGCAUUCUGAACUCCACUGGCCUAGAGGAAGUGCCGUGUUUUAUUGCAGGCGAUGAGCGUGUGGACGAGAACAUCGCUCUCACGUCGAUGCACACACUCUUCCUGCGAGAACACAACCGGCUCGCUCGCGCUCUGCGCCGCAUAAACCAACAAUGGAACAAUGAACAGAUUUAUGAGGAAGCUCGCAAAAUCGUGGGAGCCUACCAUCAGAUCAUAGUGUUUAGGGAUUAUCUGCCACACAUUGUGGGAACGGAAGCCAUGAGCAGGCAGCUCGGCAGGUAUCCCGGUUACAACCCCAAUGUCAACCCAUCUAUCGCUAAUGUUUUCGCCACUGCCGCUUACCGCUUCGCCCACGCCACCAUCCAGCCCGUCAUCUUCCGUCUGAAUGAAAACUUCCAGGAGAAUCGACAGUUCCCUAGCGUUCCUCUGCAAACGGCCUUCUUUACACCAUGGAGAAUUGUAUUUGAAGGUGGGAUUGAUCCUCAGAUUCGGGGGCUGAUAAGUCGUCCAGCUAAGCUGAACAGGCAGGAUGGCAUACUGGUGGAUGCAGUAAGAGAAAGACUGUUCGCCUUCACCAGCAGAAUCGCCCAGGACCUUGGUUCUCUCAACUUGCAGAGGGGCAGAGACCACGGCCUGCCAAGCUAUAAUGCAUGGAGGAGAUUCUGUGGUCUGUCCACUCCCAGGGAUGUCACUGAAUUGGGGAGGGUGCUGAAUAACACAGAUCUGGCACGGAAGCUCAUCCAACUUUAUGGGGCAGCCGAUAACAUCGACCUCUGGGCGGCAGGUAUUGCAGAACCGUUUGUCCGUGGGGGAAGAGUCGGGCCUGUGUUCUCUUGUAUCAUUGCCACGCAGUUCCAGAGGAUCCGCCAAGGAGACAGGCUAUGGUGGGAGAACAUGGGUGUUUUCACCCCGGCUCAGAAAUCCGCACUUUUGAGAGUGUCUCUGUCUCGCAUCAUCUGUGACAACACGGGAAUCAGCAGAGUUCCUAGAAACCCUUUCGUCCUGAGUCAGAACCAAGCAAGCUUUGUCAACUGCAAUUCCAUCCCGAGGAUUGACCUCAGUCCUUGGCAAGAGUCGAGGGACAGAGCCAGGGAAAAGGCAUCUGAUGAAAAUGAGAUUUUUAGAGAGGAGCGAGACGAGGAGGACCUAGAGGACCUGCUGGAGAACGAGUUCAGUCAGGAAUGAGAAGCCCCAAUGGUCUAUGUUGAACCACCUGCCCACUGGAACUCUUUCCUUAUGGAAUCCUGAAUGUCUGUGAACCUCCAGAUCUCUUUCUCCUUGCUAUCGCUUCUGCAAGAACAAUCUACAAAUACCUAAAUUGCUAAAAAGUUCACCUGCAGCAUACCUGCCAUCUAUGAGUUUAAUUUCUUGAAAUACAUUAUAUCUGUAGUAUCAGAGAAAAGAUCAACUGCUAAUAUAUUUCUUAUAUGAUCUUUGCUAUAGAAUUUCAUGCAUGUUUUUACAAAUACUGCAUCAUUAUAUAAACACGUUCUAUUUGCAUUUUUUUCUCCUUUUUACGUAUUGUGUUUUAUUAACAUGAACAUACGUUCUGUUACAAACCAGUUUCAAAUAAAAUGAUGCAAAUAAAAUGAUCAUCUGUACAA